AUGGCUGAGGAUCAAGAACUCCCAAUAUCCAAAGAAAGGGAAAUCCCAGUUUUCACAGUCCUGAAAAACAACUGCAUACUCAAGAACAUCUUUCUUCUGGACAACCCUCCAUCAAUUCAGGAAAAUGUCAGCCGGGAGUCGGAAAUGGAGGAGAUAUUGGUCGUGGGAAGGCACCCGGAUUGCAAUAUAAAAUUGGAGCACCCGAGUGUCAGUCGAUUUCAUCUUCGCAUUCACUCGAAACCCGAUUAUCGAUCUCUUCAUGUGACUGAUUUGUCCUCUGUACAUGGGACUUGGAUUUCUGGAAAGAGAGUGGAGCCAGGGGUCAUGGUGAAACUAAACGAGGGUGAUACUUUACGACUUGGGGCAUCGAGUAGGCUGUACAGGCUAGAUUGGGUUCCAAUCAGCCGUGCUUAUGACAUAAACGACCCGUUUGUGCCUCAAUUGGUCGAGGCCAGUGGUGUACUGGAGGAAGAACCAGAUAAAGCAACAGAUCAGGUCAUUAACACAUUGUUUGAUAGAAGUGAUCAAGUUGAGACUAUGGGGGAUAAUCUGGAAGGCCUAGAACGGCUAUUUUCAAUUUCGGAUGAGGAUUUUGGUUCUUCUGUUCGAAAAACGAGUUCUGUGAUGCCUCUAGUGUAUGAAGACUUGCACGAUUCAGCUCCCACUGAGGAAAUAGAGAAAUAUAGUUUACCUGGAUUGUAUAGUCAAGAAAAUGAUAUCUGCAUUAGCCAGCCAUGUAAAUUUGAACAAGAAAACGGCACCCCUGGUGAUCUGCUAGAAACUUCUGAGGGUUCUAGGAUGAACUCAAAGAAAAAAUCAGGUAUUAACAUUUGGUCAAGAAGGGGCAAACCUGAAAGUGUCGGAAUUGAGACCAGCCGAUUCAGAGGAAAAUCUGCAAGAAUCAGCAAAAGCUUGCAGAUGGAAAAGUCUUUUAUGGAUGAAAAUCAAAAGAAUGAAUCAGUUCCGGUGUAUGUUGACGAUGAAGAAGAAAGUUUCACAACGCCGGAUAAGGAAAAUGUCUUUCCCCAUUCUCAUCUAUUCAGAGACUCAAGGAGCGAAAAGGGAGAAAUAUUGAAGAAUGAGUUGGUUUUGAGCACACCAGUCUCUAGUGUGGACCCGGAUGAAGAAAUUUUCACUCCAGACAAAGAGAAUAUGACUCCAGGAAGUCGUCUACUUAGGUCCAUGAAGAAUAUUGCAGGUAAAAAUCCUAGUUCUUCACACAGAUCAUCGCCCUUGAAGAAAACGUAUAACAGCAACAUGUAUCGAGAGGAAGCCAGCCAGUGUAAGAAAGUGUUCCGGGAAUGGAAAUCGACAAAUUCUGGUUUUAAAAGCCAUGGUAGCUCGAAAAGAGAGUUGGCUUUGUCAAAGGGUAGAGCAAAUAGGGAACCCUUUUGCCCUUUGCCUCUGGAAUCUCCUGGUGACUGUAAGAGCAAACCAAAACCUUCAGUCUGUGAGCAUAAUAACACCACAGGAGGUAGCGUUGAAGAUGUAAAUUUCUCAAAUAACAAUACUACAAAAGUGGCAAAAAUCAAAUGGGUUAUUGUAGUCGACACUGCAUGCUUGCUGGACAAGAACUCGAGAAAGGAACUGCAUUUGCUGCGUGGCCUUCCAGGGACUAAUCUAGUUAUUCCAAGGAUUGUUGUGAGAGAACUCGACUGCAUGCUAAGACGUGGAGAUUUCUUCACUAGAACAAGCGAGGUUUAUGCAGCACUACAAUUUAUCGAAGAAAGCAUGGGAGUUGCAAAAUGGUGGAUUAGCGUGCAGAGCUCGAUUGAGGAAGUCGGGCUUCUACCACCAACCCCACCUGCUUCUUCUUCAUCUCCUCAUUGGUUUGGUGAGGACAAAUGGGCUAGCUCCGUUGGCUCGACUCCAUUUUUCCCUUGUAGCUUGAUGCAGGAGAUCGUGACCCCAACUGCUGGGGAUCACAUUCUUGAUUAUGCGCUUUGCUGCAGGCGAGUUAGGAAAGAUGGACAGCUCGUCCUUCUUUCGAAUGAUGUUACUCUGAAGAUCAAGGCUAUGGCAGAGGGAGUCUUGUGCGAGACAGCCCAAGAGUUCCGUAGGAGUCUUGUGAACCCGUUCUCAGCUCGGUUUUUGUACACCAAUUGUUCCCCUAUCGGGCCCACUUGGUCGUGUGAGGAUGAUAUUGUGCUCAAGGAGAAGUAUUACCCGAGCCCUUCAAAGAAGGCGACUCGAUCAAGUGAAGGUGGUGGUGGUGUGAAGGGCUUGAAGCUCAUAUUGAUGCAUAACUCAAGUUUCAGGCAGAUCAGACCUGUCAGCUAA